CGGGCGGGGAGUCCGGACGCGGGCGGCGAGGUAAACAGAUCCGGGGCGCUGGCGGCGCCGGCGCUGCGGCGGGCAUCGCGCAGGCGGCGCGAAGGUGACCCAGAGCCCCGCUUCCUGCCGCCGGCCCUGAGGAUGGCUGCCAUGCUGGGGGAUGCCAUCAUGCUGGUCAGAGGCCUUGCCAAGCUGACCCAGGUGGCUGUGGAGACCCACCUGCAGCAUCUCGGCCUCGGCGGGGAGCUCAUUCUGGCCGCCAGGGCCCUGCAGUCCUCGGCCGCGGAGCAGAUCAGCCUGGUCUUGGGGCAGGUGCAGGGUCAGGAUCGGCGCCCAGAGUCUUAUGCUGAGAGCCUCGAUGACGUGGAAGUGGAGUUCUCUGGGCCUCAGACCCCGGGGGCCCCCCCAGAUUUCUCUGCAGCCACCUCCCCUGACCGGGGUGAUCACACCGGAAGUGAAGGCCCGGCUCCUGCCUAUGUCGCUAGUGGACCCUUCAGGGAAGCUGGGCUCCCAGGCCAGGCCGCCUCCCCUCUGGGCACAGUCACCAGGAGGCUCUUUGGAGACCCCAGAGCCCCCCUUUCUGUCCCGGGCCUUCCUCGAAGGUUCUUCCACCAGGACCAGUCCCCCGUGGGGGGCCUCACUACGGAGGACAUUGAGAAGGCCCGGCAGGCCAAGGCUCGCCCCGAGAGCAAGCCCCACAAGCAGAUGCUCAGUGAGCGGGCUCGGGAACGGAAGGUGCCAGUUACACGAAUUGGGCGCCUGGCCAACUUCGGAGGUCUGGCCGUGGGGCUAGGCUUUGGGGCCCUGGCCGAAGUAGCCAAGAAGAGCCUCCGCCCAGAGGACCCUUCAGGGAAGAAAGCUGUGCUGGAUUCCAGCCCCUUCCUGUCUGAGGCCAACGCGGAGCGCAUCGUGCGCACGUUGUGCAAGGUGCGCGGGGCGGCGCUCAAGCUGGGCCAGAUGCUGAGCAUCCAGGAUGAUGCUUUCAUCAACCCCCAUCUGGCCAAGAUCUUCGAGCGGGUGAGGCAGAGCGCAGACUUCAUGCCGCUGAAGCAGAUGACUAAAACUCUCAACAACGACCUGGGUCCCGGCUGGCGGGACAAGCUGGAGUACUUCGAGGAGCGGCCCUUCGCCGCGGCGUCCAUCGGCCAGGUACACCUGGCUCGCAUGAAGGGCGGCCGCGAGGUGGCCAUGAAGAUCCAGUACCCUGGUGUAGCCCAGAGCAUCAACAGUGACGUCAACAAUCUCAUGGCCGUGCUGAACAUGAGCAACAUGCUUCCUGAAGGCCUGUUCCCUGAGCACCUGAUUGACGUGCUGAGGCGGGAGCUGGCCCUGGAGUGUGACUACCAACGGGAGGCCGCCUGCGCCAAGAAGUUCAGGGAGCUGCUGAAGGACCAUCCCUUCUUCUAUGUGCCCGAGAUCGUGGACGAGCUCUGCAGCCCCCAUGUGCUGACCACAGAGCUGGUAUCAGGCUUCCCCCUAGACCAGGCCGAGGGGCUGAGCCAGGAGAUCCGGAACGAGAUCUGCUAUAACAUCCUAGUCCUGUGCCUGAGGGAGCUGUUUGAGUUCCACUUCAUGCAGACAGACCCCAACUGGUCCAACUUUUUCUAUGACCCUCAGCAGCACAAGGUGGCUCUUCUGGACUUUGGGGCGACUCGGGAAUAUGACCGGUCCUUCACGGACCUCUACAUCCAGAUCAUCAGGGCAGCUGCCGACAGAGACAGGGAGGCGGUGCUAAGGAAGUCCAUAGAGAUGAAGUUCCUCACUGGCUAUGAGGUCAAGGCCAUGGAGGACGCCCACCUGGAUGCCAUCCUCAUCCUGGGGGAGGCCUUUGCCUCGGAGGAGCCCUUUGACUUUGGCACGCAGAGUACCACUGAGAAGAUCCACAACCUGAUCCCCAUCAUGCUGAAGCACCGGCUCGUCCCGCCCCCUGAGGAGACCUACUCCCUGCACAGAAAGAUGGGGGGCUCCUUCCUCAUCUGCUCCAAGCUGAAGGCCCGCUUCCCCUGCAAGUCCAUGUUCGAGGAGGCUUACAGCAACUACUGCAAGCAGCGGGCUGAGCAGCAGUAGCUGGGCUGCCCCCUGGGGUCCUGGGCGCCCCCGCAACCGUCCCUGGCGCCCGGACCCUCCCAGCUGUCCCCGGCACCCCAACCUCCCACAGCCAGACUGCCGUCUCAGCCCUGGCUCCUCUGGGGUCUGCUCCGUGUGCGCUUAGCCUCUGAAAUGAGUGAAGACAGCAGGUUUCCCCCUUUUCCUUGUAAUGGUGGUUCUCCUCCUGGGAACGUGAGGAGCCCUUGGAUUCCCUGCCACCAGAAUUAGAGAAGCCCCUUUAGAUUUUACCGAAUGUUCGUAGAGGGUAAGGCUUGCGUGUCUCUGGGAUGAGGUGUGUGUUUCCUCUGCCUGUGCUCCGAGCCGUGCCGGCAAGUAUGCUUCCCCAUGUGAGGCCUGGCCUGCUCGCUGGCUGGGCUCAAUGCUCUGGACAGUGGAAGUUUCUGGAGAUCUGCGGCCGCCCCUGGGAGGGGUGAGGAGCCAGAGAUCGGUGUGCAGGGCCCCUCUUUCCUGCUCCAGGGCGGGGGCUUUUGUGGAAGGAGGUGAAUGUGCAGAUGUCACCUGUUUAGACCCGAGGGGUCACCACAGGCUGUUCAUUUUUGUACAAUUCUUGUAAUUGUUUGAUUUGUUUCAAUAUUAAAAAACCUAAAACCCA